UCUAGGGUUUACCGUGUCGUGCAGCAGAAGAAAUGGCGCUCUAGAGCAAUCGGCUUCGUUUCCUCGCAAGGUAUCUAUCGAUCGCGUCUCUCCUCGGCGCAACCAAAAUCGUGGCCCGCCGGCGCAAAUGCGGGGCUUUGAGCUGCUGGAGCGCCCUCGCGAUGCCCCCAGCUAAGUCUAGCACCACAGAGCAAUGGCCAGGUACGCACCGGUGGACGCGCUCCAGCACCAGCUCGGCAAGAACGAAGAUUUCUUUCUGGUAGACUCCAAUCCCCCGGCGAUUUCGGCGCCGAGUUUCUCCUUCCGGGAGGCCAACGCCUUCCGCUCGGCGCUUAAUCCCAGCGACGCCGCCGCCGCCAUCUAUCACUCCUUGCCAGACGAGUGGUCGGGCACGACAAACGCCGUGCCCGAUACGCCGCACCAGCAGCAGCAGUGGCUCGCCCAAAACUCCAAUCUUUCUGGAGGACCUUUGUGGCCGGGAUCGCACGAGAGCUUAGAUGGAAGUGGUGGUGGUAACGACUACGCCCCGGACAAGAAGCCCAGGAUAGAAAAACAGGACUCUUUCGACGAGGAUCACCAUCGCCGCUUGCCGCCAGCGGUGGGACUUCACGGCUACAUAGGUGACGAGAACUUGAGGAAGGUCCAGGCGCUCCAGAGGCAAGGGAGCGCGCUGGAGGCCAACCAGAGGAUCAUCAACGCCUUGUACAGCUCCAGGCAGGCUCCAAGCUUGCAAGGAGCGUAUCACCAGCUCGAUCAACUCAAAGCUCGUCAGCUCACUACCUCGGGACACUUUGUUGAUGGAAAUCUUUUGCGGCAGUAUGGGAUCCAACAUCUGGUCGUGGAUCCAAGCCACCAGCAGCAGUCACUGUUGCAAGGACACAACUAUCAACCUCCUUUCCAGUCAAUCAAUCAUCCAGUCUUUCAAGUACAAUAUCAACAACAAGGAGGAGCAAACCCGUUAUACUCUCAGCCAAGGUUGCAAGUGGCUUAUGGACUAAAGCCAGAAGGAAUCAAGCAUCCGUUGUCACUGGCUGCGUAUGCGAAGUGCUCUCAAGUGUUGACUCUCUGCAUUCAAGAGCAAAGGCGGAAGCCCAGCGACAACUCUGUCCAGUUCUGGAGGAAUCUCUUUCAAACGUUCUUUGCCGAGAAUGCAACGCAGCGCUGGUGUUUGUCCUGCUAUAAUUCGUGUCCUGUGGGGCGCCAUGCCCAGGGCCUCUUUCCGAUGGAUCAUUGGAAGUGCAAUUUGUGCGUGGUGGAACCUGGUCGUGGAUUCGAGGCUGGCGUGGAUGUUCUUCCGAGGCUUUUCAAGAUCAAGUUCGAUAGUGGACUGCUUGAGGAGCUGUUCUUCUUGGAACUCCCGGACGAGAGGUAUGCUUUAUCAUCAGGAUUCGCAGUUUUCGAGUAUGCUAGAGCAGUUCACGAAUCCUCUUUCCCGGAAGUCAGGAUAGUCAAACAUGGGCGACUCCGAGUGACAUUCAACCAUAUGUUUAAGAUAUGCUCAUGGGAGUUUUGUACAAAGUCACACGAAGAGGUGGUACCCCGCAAGAAUCUCCUCCAGCAGGUGCAUCAACUGUCAAAUCUCGUUCACGAGGUCGAGAAGGAAAGCUUUGACGCAAGCGUGGAAAACUUGAAAAACCAUUGCAAUGCAUUCCAUUUGGCAGCCAAGCAACUUGCGGUAAAGAUAGACGCGCCCUCUGUAAACGACCUCGGAUUUUCAAAGCGAUACAUAAGAUGCUUGCAGAUAGCAGAGGUGGUCAGCAGCAUGGAAGAUUUAGUAACCUUCUCGAAGAAAGCAGGCCUGGGUCCAAUCGAGAGCCUGGCAAAGUUUCCCAAUCUUCGAAAGAGGCCUCUGGACGACUCGUCGCCGCAGUCCUCCAUCACUUAUCUUCCAUCUCAUCCAGACAACAACAGGCUCUCCUCGCCGCCGGCGACACCGUAUCAUCAUCCGCCACCGCCAGAGCUCCGGGGUCAUUAUCUUCCAGAGCAGCAGCAGCAUUCCUUUAGUUUGCAGCAGCAAGCACAGGACUUCGUGGCCCAAGCGCGUGCAAAAUCAGGCUUGCAGCAGCAUCCAAACGCGACCCAUUCCUCCAUGCGGACGGCGACGGUGCUCUCGGCGGGCCAGCAGAGCUUACCCGGCACCCCGCAGAGCGAGAUGAGUGAUCUUCGGUCCAAUGCGAAUUAAAGGAGAAGAACGAGCGAACAAAAAAACGAAAAAAAAAACCAGUCAAGAAGAACUAGGAGGUAACCUCUAUUUGGUUUUCUACGUUUUGCCUGGCCCGGGGAAAUUUUGACGACUAUAUAUGUAAUGAUCGUUUUGAAGGUUAGAUGGGAAAUCUGCUAUGGUUUCCUUUGAGCAAUCUUAUGUUUCUAUAAAAAUAACAUAUUUUAUAGUCCGGGCAA